ACGCCGAACCUUCUUCUUCUUUGGCCCAAAAACAACUUGUUGAGCAUCGCCCCCGUUUGUUGGUCCACGCACACGCACUUAUCGGGCCUUAACACGUCACCAGGCGAAGGGAAUCCCUAACAACACCUGCAGGAGAUCGAGAUGCGCCAGCUGAAGGGAAAGGUCAAGGAGACGCGAAAGCAGAAGAAGGAGCGCAAGCUGGACAACCUGGAGAGCCAGGCCAAAAUCCGCACCGUGGUUCUGCCGGCGAUGGGCGUUCUGGCGGUCUUUCUGGUACUUUUCGUCUACCUGAAAACCCGGCCGGCGGUCUUGGCCUGAUCGAAGGGAGUCCGAUUUCCAGUGGAAAGUGCAAUUGAUUCGUUAACACACAUAGCUUUAGAAGUACCAUAAACCGCAUUUCGUCCAUAUAA